AUGAUUUCGUCUGUUGAGUCAGGUUUCAAAACUGAAUUGGCUCUAAUACUUGAUUUGGCUCUUCACCUACCAACAAAAUUCUCCACGUCUUACACACAUCUCACAUGGGGGAGAAAGGAGGUGGGUGGUUGUUCCAUACGAACCACUAAAGAUAAAGGUGUAGUUGUGGGAAGUGUUAUGUCCAAUCAAAUUCCUACAUCGAUUCCGAUGAAACCAAUUGUGUCAAUAGCAACAACCAAUACGACAACAUCAAAUGCUCUUCAAUUUAUUGUUGAUUUGUCAAUGUUGCAAAAGAAAGGGACAAUUAUCGGUGAAGGAGGUUUAAGUAAAGAUGUGACUAAACUAGAAACAACAUUUGCUUCCAAAGACAAAGUGAAGAGUAUAUCAGUUGAAUUGUCAAAGGAGGAGAAGAAGAAGUUACAAGAAAUAGAAAUGGAGAAACUGAGAUAA